AGUAUUUUAAGUAAAUUUGGGUGCUAAAACUUUUCUACUUAUACUUGAGGAACAUUUUGAAUGCAGGACUUUAACUGUAACAGAGUAUUCCUACACUCUGGUACUUCUACUUUUGUACGAAAUGAACCUCAAUAUUUUUAUGAUUAUCUUUAUCAAUGUUUUGGACCUUGUCUCUCGCUGCAUUCAACAUACCUUCCCUUCAGGGCUGCGGCACAUGCUAGGACGAAAACCAAGCGCACCUCUCUCACGCGGAUACAUGCAGGAACAGGAAAUGAGGAAACAGGACAAAUCUGACAGGAUUUACGGGAAAAGUUACAGAACAUUUUGUAAAAGAUGAGCCGGAUUUAUCAAAACACUUCGUUACAGAACAAACCCGUGCACAAUGAGACCUUUGAGCGCGUGUGGGCUCCGUCCUCCUAUGACAGUGGCCAGGGGGUUCUUCUAGAAGGAAAGCUGCUGGAUGUUUCCAGACAUGCGAUCAGGGAUUGCAACAAUCAAAAGGCCCGGUUCUAUGUGCUGUACAUCAAACCCAGCCGCAUCCACCAGAGGAAGUUUGAUGCCAGCGGGAAGGAGGUGGAGCCCAACUUCAGUGACAGCAAGAAGGUCAACACUGGCUUCCUCAUGUCCUCCUACAAAGUGGAAGCUAAAGGGGAGACGGACCGGCUCUCUGAGGUGCAGCUGUCAGCGAUGGUGAACAAGUCUGAGCUGCUGAAGAUAACGGACAAACACCGACCCAACGGGACCUUGGCCUUCUGGUACCCGGAGUCAGAGAUGGAGCAAACGGAGCUGGAGACAGGACAGGAAGUACGGCUGAAGACCAGAGGAAACAGUCCUUUCAUAUUCUCCUUAGCCGAAGUGGACGGUGGCACAGUGACCAAGUGUAACUUCGCUGGAGAUGAGAAGGCAGGAGCAUCGUGGACGGACAAGAUCAUGUCCAACAAAAUGGACGCAGCCAGCUCCCAGAAGCCCGGAGGAGAAGGAGAGGGAGCGGAGGAGGAUGAGUGGGAUGACUGAGGAGAGCCGGAUCUCUUGGCCCUGCUGCAGGCUGCCGGUCAAACUGCUUCAUCUUGGACCCAUUCCCAUCCCUCUGUCUGCAGAGUGGAUGACUUUUCACUUAACAUCACACACAUUUGGCCUUGGGGCUGGAAGCCUCGUGUCACUGGUGCUUUUUCAGCUGCACUGUUAGCUGUCAUGCACCCUGUGAUUACACAUCUCACUAGGUACUUUGGAAGUAGAUCUCCAUGUUUAUGAACUGGAACUUUUAAAUCUUUGUUGGCUAAUUCUUCUAUUGUAUCCUUUUUUGGUCCAAGUUUAAUCCAGAGUGCAUGACUUUCACUCCACUGGUGAAAGUCUGAAACUUCCAUUUGUCAUUAAAACGGUGGUUGCUAACAAGUGGCUAAAUGAGAAUACUAAACUUCAUGAUUCCAAGUCCGACUUUAGCUUGGUGGUAGCGAUGUGCAGCCAUGUGACCGUGAAGAAGUUCCUUUAUAGCAUUUCGUUAACUUUGUACUGCCGACUGCAUUUACGCUUAAGAAAUGACAGUGUCUUAAUGUGUGGAAACAAUCCUGCUGAACAAAACAUGAUAAGUAACACUUACGUGUGUUUGCCCCAAAAUGUAUUUUCAAUUGCCUACAAAAAUACGUCAGCCCUGCAGCACUCUUGACAGUCCAAUAUAUUUGCUUUACUUAAUCACUGUGUUGGUACCUCAGUACUGUCAUUUUAAGUCUUGUCUACGGAUUGGGACAUUUUACUUUAAGGUGUAUCUCUAAAGUAAAAUAUUUGUAGUUCUAUCUUCAGCGACUCGGUCAUUCUGUCCAUCUGUUUCUCUGUAUAUGUUUUUCUUGAUAGUGUUCCACUUUCACUUACUGUGUAAUGGCAUUCUGGGUAAAGCUCUCUCUUUGUUGCUCGCUAUAUUAACUGAUAAACCGCCAAACAUGUAUGAUUUCAUGCACAUAUACUCUAAAUGUUUUCACUGGAGAGACAUUUAAUAAACAGGCUAAAAAAGCUAUUCACACCUCAA